AUGUCCUCAAUACCACCUGUAGAAGACUCGAAAGACGUGGAGAUGGAGGAAACCGUGGAAGGUGCGGACUCCGAAGAGGUGGUGAAACCCAAAGCUUCCGGUAGUGCACCCCGUUUUGAAAUCAAGAAAUGGAACGCUGUUGCCAUGUGGUCGUGGGAUAUUUGUGCGGAUACGUGCGCCAUUUGUCGCAAUUCAUUGAACGAACCCUCGAUUGAGUACCAGGCCAAUCCUUCACCGACCAACGACAACGGUCUCUCCAUUGCCUUUGGAAACUGUGGACACGUCUUUCAUUUGGACUGUAUCCAGCGAUGGCUCAAAACACGCUCCGUCUGUCCACUCUGUAACAAGGAAUGGGACUUUGCCAAAAUUGAACGCAUUCCCGGAUACGGACAACUCGGCCUUUAG